AUGGUGCAGGAGUGGCACGAGAUGAGCCUGAGCGACGGUGAAACGGGCCGGGAAUCACCAGCUGAAGACGAUGACGACAAAGACGAUGGCGAUGGCGAUGGCGAUGAGGAGGAUCAUGAAGCCGAAGCCGAUGAAGACGGAGGGGAGGGCCGCAGGUACGGGGCUCGACGGGACAAGGCCAAGGAGGGCGGGACGGCGGCGGCGGCGGAGACCGGUGUGGGCGGGUACGGCGGGGAGGGACCCGACAUGGGGCUCGAGUUCGAGAAUGCGCGAAUAGUGCGGCGCGGCAAGCCCGUCCUCUUCAACUUUCGCGACAUCGGGUUUGCCACCUUCCACGACUCCAGAGGCGGGGUGCGGCUACGGCCGGGCGUCAUUUACCGGUCGGCGUGCUGGUCGCGAGCGCCUGUGUCGCGGCAGGACGUGGUAGCGGUCCUCAAGUUCUGGCAGGAGGCGUGCGACAUCCGGACGCUCCUCGACCUCCGGUCCAAAGCCGAAAAACUCAACCUCGCUGCGGAAGAGCGGGCGGCAGAAGAAGAAGCCGAAGACGAAGAGAGGGGGGAGGAGGAGCUCUGGCAUCUCACUCUUGCUGACUGGUGA